AUGAUCAUCAAUCAAUUGAUUUACCUUUUGUUCAUCAUCUUAUUACUAAUAUCUUCACUUGGAGCAUUGGCUGGUGAUAGUAUGGAUAGUUCUGAUGAUAGUGAUGAUGAUAAUAAUUUGGUAUAUACACGUGCACAUCGUCAACUUAAAAAGUUUGCAUAUGCAAAUCCAUGUGAAGUUGAAUGUGUUGCUAAGGAACUUCAUACAAAAGUACCCAUUAAAGUUUUAGCUAAACGAUGUAAAGAUGCAUGUAAAGAUAAAGUAUCCAAAUUUAAGCCGGCUAUUUAUAAUAGAUAA